ACUAGGCCAGCAUGCUGCCUUCCAGCCAAGAUAGCACACGAUGCAGUCUGGUCUAGCGGCUCCGGCGGGAGAUGGGACAAGCUCUGAUCCCGCGCUGGCCACGCCAACACCUGCCAAUCGCCGCCAGUCAAGCUGGCUGCGCGGUGACGUACGGUACACUGUAGCGCGUCUAUAGUAUAUUUGCGGCGGCGUGACGUAACUGCAUCGAGCGCUUGCAUUACGCCCGAGUGUAUCCGGGCCUAAGGACGGUGUUGUCCAGCCUACUUGCUCAGAAUGGCAUCUGUGAUUUACCGACACGGACAGCAUCAGCCGGGCCAAGUUCCGCUUACCAGCGGACAAGAGUGACUGAACGGCGCAACGCUGUGGGCCAUGACCGAAAUACCGUUCGUAAUAGGCGCGUCCUUACUCGGGUGCUACCUGACGGGUCAUCUGCGCCAAGGGAAGGUUCCUAUUGGACCCAAGGGCCGUGUCAUCAAGGACUGCGAGUGGAGGUAUAGGCACGCAAACGUGACCGAUGACGUCUUGUCUUGCAAGAAAUGCGUCAAGGACUACGAACUCCGUUUUCCCCCAAGGAGACUGGACGUCGUCAAGAUGCGCCAGACGUGCGUGAAACCCUACACACCGAAGGAAGCAGCCAUAAUCCUGUGCAACGCAUUCCACCGACCUACGGAAGAACGAACAAAGUGUAUUCGCUGCGUCGAAGAUUACGACCUUCCUGAGAACGCGACGAAAAUUCAGCAACGGGAACUUGAUUGGAAGUGCACACCACACCAAUCGCCGACCACACUGCUGCUUCUGGAGUGCCGCUUCCGACUCGCCAAAAACCGCGAAAACCUGACUGAGUGUGAGAGGUGCGUCAACGAGACCAAAGUCGCAGAGAAUGCCACCUUCGCUGAGUACAAAAAAGUGGAAGCCGACUGCAUGCCCAGAACCUACCCGAAGGACCGUAUCAGGCGACUCUGCAAGUGGAGAUUCAUCGAAGAAGAGGAAGUCCACCGGUGCGAAGAGUGCGUGGACAACUACACACUGCCGGUCGUGUUCGAGUACGAAGAUGUGUGGAACAUGAGGAAGAAGUGCAUGCCUCGGCCUUCAAGAAAAGAGUUGCUUCGAAAGACAUGCGAUUGGUACUAUAAGUACCAGGAUGUUGAGAAGGCCGAGUGUGAAGCCUGUGUUGAGAAGUCUAACCUACACGAAGAUGCAUCCUACGCAUACGAGGCCCAAGUCCGGAGCAUCUGCAUGCCAAGGAAACCGCCCAGAGAAAGAGUAAAGGAUGCUUGCCCGCGGAGAUUCAGACAACCGGAGGAUAUUGAACGAUGCAGGAAGUGUGCCGAGGAGUACAUGAAUGACAACAACGCCGCCAACGAGGUGCACUCGCUGGACGUACCACAGCUCUAUCGUAAAUGCCUGUCUGGGAACAACCUGAAGUACCGUCUUCUUGAGGAGUGCCAACAGAAGAUACAGGAACCGGAAGUGGCGAAGAAGUGCAAGGAUUGCAUCGUGAACACAUACCGUUGGAGGAUACCCGAGCAUCUGGCACGAGAGGCGAGAAAACGUUGUCUUCUUGAGGGUUUCCAGGAAAAUUAGGACCAGUAUUCUUCAGCACAUCGACAAUUAUCGUGAAAAACUCAUGCAGUUGACGGACCGCCAGGGGCCUAGUUAUGCCAUAUUGUUUCUAUGACUGUUUAAUAAAAAUGUGUUAAUAGCCAAAGAGUGCAAUUCACCCAAUAAACAUGUUCCGUGCAGCUCGUUCAUACUCGAUA